UUUACUGCAAUACAAACAACGUGUUUUGACGUUAUAUGCCCCAAAAUUGUGCCGGCCUAAUGUGUUCUUGACACGAAAUGCGCUGUAAUUCGGAAAUGAAGAACGGUGUGAAACCCCCCUUAUGAUAGUGAAGUGUGACAUUAGAUAAAUUGCCAAGGUGUUCUAAAAAUCGCCAAAAACAUACGUGCCUUAAAUUUUUCCUCCACAACUUCUUUAUUGCCAAUAUUUACAUACCAGUCCUAUGUCCAAUAUCAAAAGUCCAAAAAUGCGUCCAAAGAAAGUCCCGGAAAAUCUGUCCAGAUUAUAAAAAUGUAUUUUUGAUACACUCUUGCACAUAAUAAGUACAAAUCAAAUAAAAACAUAUAGCAGAACGUGGCAUUAGAGAUACGGAUGUCUUAGCUCUGUCUACCCCGUAAGGAAUGGAGGCGUGAUACUGUACAGUACUGCUGGGUGGAUGGUCUAUUUGGGAUGUCAGUGUGGGUGCGGAGUGGAAGCGGAGGCGGCGCGGAGUUGCGCGCGCCCGCCGCCGCCUCGACGACGCUGCUGUCGACCAACACCUCCAUGGAGUCGGGCAUCGAGGCCGGGGUCCUGCCCACGGUCACGGGGUCUCUCGCCUCAGCCCGGGACUCACUGGGGUCGCUGUCCAGGGCCGCGGAGCCCCUGUACGACACAGACCACACUGAUCUUGGAUCGGAGCUGGAUGAGGCGGAGAUCAGAAGGGAGCUGAUGCAUGAUAAAUGGCGCCUUCUUUUUGAUAGGUUUGAUCCCGAAGGCUUCGGCGAGAUCCCGUGGCCCGACUUUCUGCAGACGCUUCACAAUCCUGAUUUUAUUGCACAAGUGCCUCCACACAAGCGAGAGAUUCUGCUAGACAAAGCCACGAGCGCGACGAACGACGCGAUCACAUUUCAGGAGUUCGUCAAUGUGAUGAGCGGCAAGCGCACACGCAGCUAUAGAUGCGCGGUGCACCAGCGGGACCGCGAGGUCAGCUCCGAAAACGACUUCCACCUGCUGCUCGAAGACCCCACACUAUUUGCCAGGAUGGUGCACCUGGUGGCGAUGGAGGUUCUCCCGGAGGAGCGGGAGCGCAAGUACUAUCAGGAGCGGUACACGUGCUGUCCCCCGCCCCUCUUCAUCAUCUGCGUUACCUUUCUAGAGCUGGGAGUGUUCGCGUGGUACGCAUCAGGGUCGAGCGGGAUGGCGGCGGCGGCGGGGCCGGUUCCGGUGGACUCGCCGCUAGUUUACCGGCCGGACCGGCGCCGGGAGUUCUGGCGGUUCUUCACCUACAGCGUUGUCCACGCCGGCUGGCUGCAUCUCGCCUUCAACCUCUUGGUUCAGCUCGCGGUGGGUCUACCGCUUGAGAUGGUGCACGGGGCGCUGCGUUGCGGCGCGGUGUACCUCGCUGGAGUGUUAGGGGGUUCGUUGGCAGCCUCAGUGCUAGACCCGGACGUAUGCCUGGCGGGUGCUUCGGGCGGAGUGUACGCUUUGCUUGCGGCGCAUUUGGCAAACGCAUUGCUAAACUUCCACGCGAUGCGAUAUGGCGCUGUGCGGCUCGUGGCGGCGCUCGCCGUCGCAUCCUGCGACGUCGGCUUCGCUAUUCAUGCUAGAUAUACCAAGCAGGAAGCGCCGCCGGUGUCGUACGCGGCGCACGUGGCGGGCGCCCUCGCCGGCCUCACCAUCGGGCUGCUGGUGCUGAAGCACGCGCAGCAGCGGCUGUGGGAGCGGCUGCUGUGGUGGGCUGCCCUGGGCGCGUACGCGGCCUGCACGCUGUUCGCCGUAUUAUAUAACGUGUUCAGCGGGCCCGUGGACGAGCUCCACUACAUGCCCCCUGACCCGCCGCCCGACGUCGCCGGCUUUUGACCUGACAACGCGACGACUGCCAAACGACUGGACUUGGGCUUUGAUCUACACAACCCAAUCACUGAGUUUUAAACUGUGUUACAUCCUUGUAUGAAUACGCUCAAUAUGUCGGUAGGAAUCGAUAUUUUAGAAAACCAAAUUUUUUAAUUGUAAUAUCAAUGCAGCUCAAUAAUUAUGGUGAAAUUAAUCAUAGCAGCAUAUUAAAAGUAAAAAGUUGUUCUAAUCAAUUUAUAUGGACUGAUAAGCGUAUUUAUGCAAGUAUGGUGUGACAUCCAACCCCACAAAUAAUUAAUUCAAAUAUUUCAAUAGUACACGUCUGAGAAUAUCGAUGUCCGAUAGUCGAGUAGUCAAAGCGUAAGGCCAGGUGUUCAUGCAACCACUGCGACCUACCACGCCUAGUCAAUUUACCUUAGUGUGAUUCGCGUAAGUAGCGUUAUAGUUAGAGAGGAGGCUUGUAGCCAGUUUUACACAUCGUGUAUCAUGCCUAUUCCAGUGAGAAGAUUUAUGAAUCUUUGUUUUUUUUUUAUAAUUGUAAAUCUCGCAUCAAAGUAUGUGAAGUUUAUCGAUUUUGCCUUGUUGUAUUGUAGCAUAAAUGUAUGCUGUUUCGUUUGUUUGAGGCCUCCUCGCGAUACUUAAUUGUUAAGUAGUAUUAAUUGUAUUUAAUAGGUGAACUAUUUUUGUACCUACUGUCUGCGUCCGUAGUCUAAUGAUGGCGAAACCGCGACACAAACACAGUAUAUGUUCCGUGUAAACUUUAGGCUAAAUGUAAUGUUGAUGAAUCUUGUUUGAACAAAACCGGUAUAACAAAAGUGAACUGAAAAGAUUUCGGUAUUAGUUCUAUAUAUUACAAAAUUCGUCACAACAAUAAUCCUAGCAACAUAACAUUUAGACCAAAAGGCAGCGUAGUUAUGCCCAGCACACCAAAGAUUAGGAUAAAAGUCAUCUAUGCUUGAAUGGUGGUAAACUUUCUCUCAUUUUAUAUUUGAUUUGAGCCGAUUUAAUAGAAUUUUAUUAAAUGAUUGCUCAGAAUGAAUACUUUAAGUAUGCCUCAAUAUUGAUUUUAACAUGAUUAAUGUAAGUAAUGUUGUGCAAAGUGCUCAAUUGCAAUUACAUAUUUUUUUAUUGUUAAUGAUGCUCAAAGUGAUUAGGUUUCUGUGCGAUUGAUGGAAAUUGUAUUAUUUGAUUUUAAGUUGAAAUGCACACUCGUCCGUACCGACUGGACCACGAUUUAUUUUUUAAUCAGUUAACUGGAACUCACUAGAAUAGAUAUUAUAUUAAUAAUGUGCCUGAUUCCUAUUAUUGUAAAUUUGAUUGUAUGUAUAAUUUAAUUCUAAUCAAAUAAUGUCACGACUGAUUUUUGUAUAAAUUAUUACAGAGUGUUUUUCAUUAAUUUAUUUUAAAAUUAUUUUAAGUGUGAAUCGAAAUAAUAAUUAUGCGAUUAUAUGAAUGAAAACUAAGAAUGAUUAUGAUUAAAAGUGAUUCGAAAAUUA